GGGGGGACGGCCCUGGGGGUGCAUAUCGACGUCGUCAGGCGCCGCGCAUCGGGCAGCGGCAAGCGGGGCAGGGAGACCGGGUGGCGGCACUGGGGCCGUCUCUCGAGGGGAGUCGUCCGAACUCGUCGCAGCCCAACGGCAAGGCCGCCCGGCCGCUGUCCGCUGUACCAGGUGACGGCGGCUUUCCUUUCGGCCGCCUCUGCGGCGCUUGGGGCGCUGCUGCUGGGAGGGGGUGGCCGGAAUGGGGGUCCCGGGAAGGCGGGUGUUGUGCCAACGGCGAGAGCGCCGAAGCCCGUCGGGGCCGCUGCCGAGUAGCCACGGUGCGUACGCAUCUUGGAUAGCGUCGACGGCUGAGGACGGCAGCUCCAAGGCGGUGGCGAACUCGUCGAUGCCGGAGCGCAGGAAGGCCACGGCUGAUGCGCCAGGGUCUGCCUCCCAGGUCUCCAUGGCCCAUUGGUGGAAGCCGCUGGCGAUGUCGAGGGGGAUGCCAGUGUCCGCCAAUGCCGCAAGGGCGGCAGAGGAUGCGUUGCGUGGGGCGGGGAGGGGUGAGGAAUCAUCCGCCGGGUAGGGCGGGGAGGAGGGCAGGGGGCCCAUGGGCGGGAGGGCGGACGCCAUGGGGUCGGCGCCGUCUCCCGUGGGAGCCUCGAGCGCGUUCAGUGGGCAGCGCAGGUCUACCCGAAUGUGUCAGGCAUCAGAUGCGGAACGGGUUCAGUUCCCGAGGAAGACUCUUUUGGCAGCGACGGCCGUCGAACAGCCCGAGCGAAGCGAGGGCACCUGUGAGUCAAUCAGCGAUGAACGCACCUGUGAGUCAAUCAGCGAGUGAACGCACUCCGUUCAGCGCGGAGUUCGGGGGUGAGAGGAAGAUCUGCACUCCGUUCAAUGCGGAGUUGCACCAAUAUCUAUAUUUCGCAUCCUUCAA